UAGUUGUGUUCGGUUCUGGGUGUGAGAAACCCACAAACAGAAUACUUAUGCUCUAAACUUUGUACAACAUGGACACAAAAAAGGAAUCAUUCAAUGAUAAAAAUAAAGAUAAGAAUAAAAAUAUGAAUAAUGUGGCCAAUAAUGAGGAGGAUGGCUACGUGGAGGAUGAUGAUGACAACUAUCUUGAUAUUGAUGAUGAAGAUGAGGAUGUUGUCGAUGCAAUUGAUGAGAAAUUUCGUAUGUAUCGUGAGAAUCUAAGGCGACAUCGUCAGAAGUUUGCCAAAUAUGAGAAAGAGCGUCGAGAGAUAUCGCAAACGCUCAGUGAGAUUGUCAAAGAAGUUCGUAGCUUGCGUUCAGAUAUCGAUGAACUAGAAAUGACGGUGAAUGAAGUGAUGCCCAUACGUCAGGAUAACAAUAAUGAGUUGCCCAGUGAGUCAACUGAGCCAACUGACAUUGAGGACAAUAAUGAUAUCGAGUACUACGAAUAUGACGACAACGAUGAAGAUGUGGCAGCCAAUAAUGAAAAUAAGCCACCAGAAACGAUGCAAUCCCAAAAGAAAACCUCAACAAUUUCCCAGCUAAUGGACGGACAAAAUAAAAACUCUUGCAUUUUGUCGUAAAGAAAAAAAAAAACGCCCCCCCCCCCAAAAACAACAAGAAAAAAAUUCGAUCUUAAUGAAUAAUCAGCAACCUGUGAGAAAUAAAUUCAGUUAAAUUUUGCCCCUUGUAUCAGAUGAAAUAUAAAAUAAAAUAAAUUGUUUUUCGUUAUUUAAAAAAUAAAGUUUAAUAAGGAUUAUGUUAAUGGAUAUUACAGUUGCCAGCAUGAUAAAUCCAUAUCCAGUGCUCGACGAGAAUGGCCAUAUGAGAGACAAUACCUCAGCCAGUGCCAGUCGCUAUAUGAAGGAUCUGCGGGAAAUGUAUACGCAACGUAUGCAAAUGGAACGUCAAGAGCAUCGCAAUCGCUUGGCCAACGAAAUGGCCGCCAUGUGUGAGAUGGCAAAUGCUGCUAUAGGCGAUCAAGAUGAGGAGCCGUCACUUCAUUAUCCAAACGAAUCAUCUAAGCUGCCCCUUACUCUGUCAUCCAUUGAUGACAUUGAACAAAUUGAUGGCUCAUCAUGGGGCGAUUGUUUGCAAUUGGUUGUCUAUCUUUUGGCUGGCAUUGGUAUGGCAUAUGUUGGAGCUUCAUUGCGUACCAACUUUAUGUGAUGUGAACAAACAAAAUCUAUAAACCUAUAAAACAUUUUAUAUUAAAUCCAAAGAAAAAAAGAAAAACGA